CUUGUUACCAGACUAUGAGAACAGGAACUCUCUUUGCUAUAGAAAGCAAGCUGCCAGCAGGCACUAUGGAUCUUCUCCCCAAAACUAGAUACAACCACCUGCGCAAUGAAUCAGUUAGUUCCAUCGAUGAAACAGGCUCUGCACCCUCCACCCCCACUGUGGAAAUCAUGGUUACCCAGUCGUUGCCCAGCUCCUCCUCCUCUUCUUCUCUGGCCCCCAUGUUGCCCCUUGGCGAGCUGUCCUCUGAAACGGAGGACAGUCCUACCACCCUCUGCUCUUUUUUCCCCAAAAUGGCUAAUUUAAAGCUGUCCAACCCAGCUAACCUGCUAAACCUUCGAAGCUUCUCCUCUGGGGCAGGGAAGGAGUCAGGCAGCCCUGGUGACCCAGCAGAGACUUCCACACUCAGUGGUAGUCCUGACUUAGGAAGAACUGUUACUGUUUUCUCCCAGGAUAUGAACAAGCUGAGCUGCGGGAGGAAGUCCCGAGUGGAAGGAGGGCAGCUGGCUGGGGAUGAAUGGACCAGACACGGCAGCUUCGUCAAUAAGCCCACCCGGGGGUGGCUGCACCCCGACGACAAAGUCAUGGGUCCUGGAGUCUCUUAUCUUGUCAGGUACAUGGGUUGUGUUGAAGUUUUACAGUCCAUGAGAGCUCUGGAUUUUAACACCCGCACACAGGUCACAAGGGAAGCCAUCAGCUUGGUAUGUGAAGCUGUGCCCGGAGCCAAGGGAGCUCUGCGCAGGAGAAAGACUGGUGGUCGUUCCCUCAGCUCCAUACUAGGGAAGAGUAAUCUGAAGUUUGCUGGAAUGCCAAUCAAUCUGACCAUUUCUACUAGUAGCCUGAAUUUAAUGGCAUCUGAUUGCAAGCAGAUCAUUGCAAAUCAUCACAUGCAGUCAAUAUCAUUUGCCUCGGGUGGAGAUCCGGACACUGCAGAAUAUGUUGCAUAUGUUGCCAAAGAUCCAGUUAAUCAGAGAGCCUGUCAUAUCUUGGAGUGUCCUGAAGGUCUUGCUCAGGAUGUUAUCAGCACCAUUGGACAAGCGUUUGAACUUCGCUUUAAGCAAUACCUCAAAAAUCCCCCCAAGUUAGUCACCCCUCAUGACAGGAUGGCUGGGUUUGAUGGCUCCGCAUGGGAUGAAGAAGAGGAGGAGCUCCCAGACCAUGCGUAUUACAAUGACUUUCCAGGCAAAGAACCUCCAAUUGGAGGUGUUGUGGACAUGAGGUUACGAGAUGGUGCUGCACCCGCUGUUUUGAGGCAAAGUCCAAAUCACAUGGGAGCCACACUGCCUGUGGGUCAAAUCUUUGGAGGUGAACAGGAAUCAAGGAAGCUGCAGCAGCCAUCUGUACAAGGCAGAGAGAGAUUCCCAGUCCCUGGUGCCAAACCCCAGAACCGUCCUGACCUCUUUGAUGACCCAUCCUAUGUUAAUGUGCAGAAUCUGGAGAAAUCUAGGCAGCCUCAGAGGGUCACAAAUGGACAGAGGGAUAUCUUUGAUAUGAAGCCGUUUGAGGAUGCUCUUCCAUCUGCUCAAGGUGUGACCAGCAUGGAGGAGCAACUAAGACAGGAACCCUGGUACCAUGGUAAAAUGAACAGAAAAGAAGCAGAGAAACAGCUGAGAGUCAAUGGGGAUUUUUUGGUGCGGGAGAGCACAACUACCCCGGGGCAAUAUGUAUUGACAGGUUUGCAGAAUGGACAACCAAAACACCUGUUGCUUGUGGACCCUGAAGGUGUGGUGCGGACAAAAGAUCACAGGUUUGAAAGUGUGAGUCACCUUAUCAGCUAUCACAUGGACAAUCACUUACCUAUAAUUUCUGCUGGGAGUGAGUUGUGUCUGCAACAGCCGGUGGAGCGGAGGCUGUGACAGCCGUCAACACAUCCACCACUGCUCUUUGCUCAGCUUUUGAAAGGGAGAGUUUCUUGUAUGAGGGGUUCUCCCAGUUGUUGUCCCCUCUCCCUUGCCACACAAAUAGGGGCGGGGAUGAGCCAACAAAGAAUCCCCUAUUGUCCAGGUCCCUUCUGAGCAUCCUUAAGAUACAUGUGACCUAAAGGAUUAUAAUGCGCACACACAACAAUGGAGGACAAUAAGACUAUUCCAGCUUUGGAUUUUGCAGAACACACAGUGGGAACACCAGGACCACACUCUUCUCUGCAGCAACCGCUGAACUCUCAAUCAGCACAAGUACAAGACGGGUUUCCACUUCUGAAAGCACACGCUCUUCACUGCAGCUGGAUGACUUGUGCCUUUUACCUGGCUACUUUUUUUUGGGGGGGGGGGGUUGGGCUCUGGCUGCUGGUUGGAGACUGUUUCACAAGUAAUUCUUCCUCUGCCAGACAAUUACAAUAUUGUAUUGUGUGUGUUUACUAUCACUCCUGGACGCCAUGAAACAUUUUACCUUAGACUGUUGAUGGUAACAGAGAAACACUCCUGGGUAAAAUGCAUUUUAACAGGUUACAAUUUAGUUAAAUGUGUGUACUUAAUGGCAAUAAGCAAUGUUAAACCGUGAAAGCCAAGUGCUUAUGGUUGCCACAGGUGUUUAGUGCUGCCAUCUUUAAAAGUACAAAAAGUAGGCAGUGGAGUGCUGUGACAGAUUCCAAAAUCCUCUACUCCCUCAAAUCUAGAUCAAACUUGUCAUGUGGUUGAGCUGGGCUUUUGAUCUUCCAACUUGAAGGUCAGGGAAAUGAUUGAGGAAUCCUUAGGUUCAUGUACACCAUUGUCCCAAAUGACUGUCCCAGAUUUGGGUGAUGCUGCACAUCUUGCAAUAUAUUUCAGCCACUCCAGCUGUUUGGGUGUUUUUAACUUAUUUCUACCAGUGAGCUAUUGCAAAACCGCUUUUAGUUUGCUUAGCCCUAUGGUAGCUUAUGGGUUAGGUGUAGUGUCUUGAGGCGUUUGGUAGAAUUGAAAGUCCUUAUAACCUCAUAGUUCUCUGGCAAUGCAGGGUGUGGUUCACUACUCGCCUCCAUUACUGCACACUCCCUUCUGCCCUUACACACCUUUUGCCUUAACGACAGUUCAGCCCGAUUGCACUCUGACCUGUGUUCUUUUCCAUCAGAGGCCCAUGUGGUCAAAACUUUUAAACGCCACUUUUCAGUCCCCGUUUUGUAGUAAAGUAAGAUUACAUGUUUCCCAAACCAAACUUCCUAAUUAGUCCUGCUACAUUUAUUUAUUGUAGUGGCUUCCUUAAAAAAAAUUUUUUUUAACCCAAAUAUAAUUAGGGCUUGUAUUUUAAAUAGGUUCCUAAUCUUCCUCUUUUUCUAAACAGGGCAAAAUAACUGUAGAAUAUGUGGAACUGUGUAAUCAUACUGUGUAUCACUAUACCACAGCCAUCAUGUUUUCUAAUAUGUCCAUCGUUAGCGGGAAUAUCUGUCGUAUUCUAGGCCUUAUAUUUCCUGAGAUGUUUCUCCCUUGGUCAUAGCGACAGAGAAAUGUGCAAUAUAUAUGUUUUGCGUCUUAACCCCUCCCUUGUCAGAUAGUUCUGCCCCUGCAGAGCCUUCUUUAUGCUGUACAAUUUCCACUCUACAGAAUCCUCUGUGGAACAAUGCUUUUCAUAUGAUUUUUAAAAUGACAUUUGUCUACAUGAGAUUAUGAUGCAUACAUUGAAAAGGUAUUGUAAACAUGUGUGAGAUGUGUUUACUACAUGUAAGGUUAAAAAACAUUUAAUCUGAGAUUAGACAAGAUGCGGGAAAAAGUGCACAAACGUUCUACUAUUUACAAAAUGCUGUUGUUCCCUAUCCAAUCAACCAUGUACAGAUUUGUUUUUAUUAUAUUAUUUGCAUGUACACUUUGUAUCUUGAUACCAAAGCUUCAUUUGUCCGCACAUUCUGCAUAUCAAACAAUCAUGUCCCCCACACUGCUUCCUAUCUAAGUAGCACUCUCCUUGUACAGCUUGAUUUUUCAUAAUGUAUAAAAAAAAAUGCCAUGAUUAUACCAAAGUAAAAUAUAUUAAAUUCUGCUUAUUAAAAGUAGUAUCUCUUUCAUAAAA